GCGAAACGAGCGCGGUUUUUGAGCCAAUUUUUAAUUCAAAUUUGAAUUUAAACAAACUUUUAGUUUCAUUUGAUAAUAUAAUGUUCUAUCACCCAUAAGGCUACAUUUAAUGAUGUCAUGACGAGUAUACAGUGGCAAGGCCAGCAGAGGUGGCACAUUCCACUGGCGCAGCCCUGACAGACAUCGCCCCAGAUCGAAUAAUUACGACGCACCCUGCGACCGUAGCCCUAAAGUUAAAUUUUUUAGAACGUGUGAAAUUUUAGUUCCAAAUUCAAAAGCUCAGUAGACUAGACUGUUUGCAUCAAGGCGUAUCGUUUUGAACACCAAUGUAAUAGAAUCAGUCCAUAAAAUGGAGGAUGCCUUUAUUAUAACCAAUUUUCACUCGCUCUGUCGAUUAUGUCUGCACAAAAGCACCUUUGCCGUGUCAUUAUUUGGAGCUGCACCAGAUGACGAAACUCAUAUUCCUGUAACCUCUAAGAUUGCAGACUGUUUUGAAUUGCAGAUGGACCCUAAUGAUGGACUACCAAGUAGAAUAUGUUACAAGUGUUUAUUCAAAUUGGAGAAAUGCUGCAAAUUCAAAAUACAAUGUAUACAGAAUGAAUCAAGAUUACGGCAGAUCACAGCUCGGUCAAAUGAAAUGGAACAUUCCAAUUCAACAGAAGUAAGUACCUAUAAUUAUAAAAAUUGUCAAGAUUCUCAAAAACCAAAACCUGAAGAUUUCAUUGUAGAAGACAGUGUUGUUAUGGUUGUGGAUCCCAGUCUUGAUUAUGACUCUUCAGAAGAGUCUGAAGUAACUGAACAACCAGAUAAUGAGCCUACUGAGAGAGUGAAUACACCAGACGGAGAACCAGUAACAGAGUCUUUCUUCAAAAAUGUGUUUAUGUGUCAGUAUUGUGAUCAGGCAUUUAUCUCUCAGGAAAAAUGUACUGAACAUGAGGAUAAUUUCCAUGACCGAAAUUUACCUUAUAAGUGUGUAGAGUGCAGUUUAGUUUUUGCUGAAAGAACACAAUAUGUGCAACACACUAAACAAGUUCAUGGCAAUGACAAACCAUAUCAUUGUCCAGAAUGUGACAAAUGUUUUGGACGGAGGUCAGAUUUACGAAAACAUUCUAUAGUUCAUACCGGAAUAAGGCCAUAUCAAUGUCAUUUUUGCUUAAAAAGUUUCUCGCGUAAUACCAACUUGAGUAAACAUCUAAGAAUCCAUGCAGGCCGUAAGCCACAUGUUUGCCCCUUGUGUCCGCGAAGUUUUGUUGCUAAAGGCGAUUUACAGAGACAUGUACUUGUUCAUUCAGGCAUGAAACCUUUUGCUUGCAAAAAAUGCCCUCUUACAUUUGGAAGAAGGGAUAAAUUAUUAAAACAUGAACUUCGUCAUGGGCCAAAACCAAAAACAGAAUUUGAAAAUGAUGAUACUCAUGAUAUGGUAGUAAAUGUUAAUCCUUUUAGUAAUUUAAUGACUUCACCGCCACAAGUAAAUCCUGAUUUAUCUAAUGCUGAUUACGACCUUCCAAGAGUUCCAGAUCAUAUAUCAGGUGAAAGCAGUUUCAUUAAUCAAGUUAGGAAUCAAAAUAAAACUAAGAGUGCAUCCACUUCUGGAAAACAACUAACAAUAUCCCCCACUAAAUCUAAAGUAUUAGCUAAAAACAGGCCUAAAAACAUCAAAUGUCAUCAGUGCCCUAAACGAUUUUCUUCUUUAGAUGCUUAUAAAACUCAUGUCUCUGUUGCUCACAUUGGAUCACGAGUUUUUCAAUGCAAAAUUUGUUUUAAAAAAUUCCCACGGAAAAGGGAAUUAGAUCGGCAUGCUGCUCUGCACAGUGGUAUGAAACCAUUUUCUUGCAGUCAAUGUGAUAAGAAGUUCACUAGGAAAGAUAAAUUAGAUAAACAUGAAGAAACGCACGAAUGCUUGGUUGUGAAUAUGCCUUGCAUAGAAUGUGGAGCCACAUUUGAGAAAAAAGCUGAAUUAGUGGCACACAUUAAGUCGCAUUUUACUGAUAACUAUGAUGAUAAGAACUCUGAGACUGAAAUAAAAAAAGAAGAGCCUGAUUUCCUUUCAGAUGAUAAUUUUUAUGAUUUAGGAACUUGAGAUUUGGCUUUUGGCAUUUAACAAAUGUCUUACAAUUCACUAUUUUUAUUGACAGCAUUGUUCCUCACAUUGUACUUAUGUUUAUGUUAAUUGUUACAAAGAUACUGUUAGAUGUGAUAUAAACAACAUAAGUUGUGAUCAAACUACUUAUGUUAUUUAUCUCAUAUAUUUAAUUUUGCGAGUUGAAGACUAGUAGAAUGUUGAAGUAUAGCAUUUUAAAUCAUUCAUUUCAAAAAUGUAUUAAUAAUAUACAUAAUUGUAAAAUGUAGAAGUUAUAUAAUAGCUAAUGCAUAUGAAUAAAUAUUGAAAUUAUUAUAACUGUAUACUAUCACUAUAUUCUUUACUUUCAAAAGAUAGUUAUGAUUAAAAUUAAUUAAUAUUUUUUUCGUAUUUGUUUUCUUCACACCUUACUUCAAUGUUAACUGAUAUUUUUCGGCAUCCACAUGUAAAGUAACAUUUAUAUACUAAUGUUAUAUAUUUGAGAUUCAUGCCUUUUGUUAGCAAUAUUAAGCCUAAAUUUAAUGUAAUUUUGACUUGGGUCAGUAAUUAUUCUUAAGAAUCAUUGUUAAAAUUUUAAUGUUAUUAAUUUUCCAAAGAUAAUUAAUUAAAUAGAUAUGCAUAAUUUGUGGGUGUAAAUAUUUGGUAAUGAUAGCAGAUUUUUUGUUAUAAUUUUAUGGUAUGACAAAUAAUAAUUGUAACAAACUCAACUGUCAUUUAUAUCUUAAAUAAUAUUAGAUAGAAUGUCAUGACUAUAAUAAUAAGUUGUUUUCAUUUUAAUUAGUACUUAUCUAUGAGAAUUAUAUAGAAGAGACAUCAAUUCUGUUUAAAAACUAAAAGUUAUCAUUUUGAUUGUAUAUAAGAUUGUAAAGGUAUUAGAUUGUAUUAUAUAUAAGAUAUGUAUGUAUUUUAUUAUUUUUUAUUUAAAUCUUCAUUCACAAAAAAAUAUAUAUUGGCAGACUUAAUGCCUUAGGCAUUCUCUCCCAGUCAACAUACUAAGGUUGUGCACACUAGUGCUGUGUGGAAACCGAUGGUUAAUCUAGACAAAAAUCUUUCUGUUUAUUGCUGAAAAUGUGAUUUAAAUAACAAAUGCUAUAGAAAAGAGGUGCAUUGAAUAAAUAAGAUUGCAUACAAUUUUCAAAAUACUUUCUAUUCAUUUCCUUAUUAAAUAAAAUACUCCAGCUGCUUCUUAUUUAAAAUUUAACCAGCUAAUGGAUUUGCAUGAAUAGUCACAGAUGUUAUUCUUGCUUCAUUAAUUGGUCUGAAUGUUUUGGGAUUAACUUGCAUUUUUUCUAAAUCAUCAAGAGCUUCAAACCCAUCAAUAAUCCUGGAACAUCAAAUUAAAAUUGAGCAGGUACUUUUCCAAUAUUAAAUCAAUUUGUGUAAAUUUCACAUUACCUUCCAAAUACAGUAUAUUUGAGAUCUAAAUGAGGCUGUUCACCAUAUGUAAAGAAAAACUGGCUUCCAUUUGUAUUUGUUUGUCACAAUAGUAAAAUUUAUGACAGCUUAUUAUACCUUGAGUUCUUCUUUAAAUUCAUCUUCGAAUUUUCUCCCCCAUAUUGAAGUACCUCCUUUACCAGUACCUGUAGGAUCUCCAGUCUGAACUAUGAAACCCUGCAAUUUAAGUUUUAUGAAACAAAUUAUGCUAAAUUCGGUAAAAUUUUAGUGAUAAAGAUGUUCAUAAUUAUGAUUAAUAUUACCUUGAUAUUUCUAUGAAAUAAACAUCCAUUAUAAUAAUCACUACCACAUAGUGCUAAGAAGUUUUCACAUGCCUUGGGACAUUGUUCACAAAAUAGUUCAAUUUUUAUAUCUCCCAUAUCGGUAUGUAAUGUUACAGACAUUUUAUCAGGAUUUCUAAAAGACUAUCUUUUCUAACUUAUAAGUCUAUUUUAUUCUCAUACCAAAGUAAUAAAUUUUAUUCAAUUUCCAAGGGAAUUAAGACACACAAGUAAACAAACAACAAGCUUAACGGCUCUGGAUUCAAGUCCUUUUGAGCCAUACAUUAUU